AUGAGUUCAACAUCUACAACUUCAACUGGUGGUGGUGGUGGUGAUUGCUGUGGUGUCGGUAGUGGUAGUGGUGGUGGUGGUAAGCAAAGACAACAACAACAACCAAAAAAACAACAACAACAACAACAACAAGAAAAGAAACCACAAUCAAAAGGAAAUAAAUCAGAGGUAUCAAAAUAUAAGUUUACAACACCAAAGGUUGUAGAUAUGCCUGUCGAUGCUAAAUAUGUCGAUACUCAUGUGCAUGUCGAUCAGAUCAUGAUGCGUAUGAAUAUGACAUUGGAUCAAUUCCCUAUGUUCGCAGCUGCCAACUUCCCACCGCAAUUCGAGCGUCUCGUCCAGGUCUGUUGUGACCCGGUGUCGCUCGAGUACACCGAUAUGCUCAUUUCAUUCGACCAGAUCUUUGCUGCGUACGGUGUGCACCCACACAACGCAUCGGAGUACAACGACGACAUCGAAGCGAAGCUGAUACAGCGUAUGGCCAGUCCAAAGGUGGUGGCCUGGGGAGAGUGCGGUCUCGACUACUUCUAUAACAAGUCGGCCCGACCAGCGCAACUCAGUGCAUUCACCCGUCAGCUGCAAGCGGCAGUCAAGUGCAACAAACCGGUGGUCGUUCACUCACGUGAAGCCGAAGAAGACACACUCCGACUACUCAAGGAGAACCUCCCGAAAGACUGGAAGAUUCACAUCCAUUGUUUCACAUCGAACAUUGAAUUCGCACUGGCACUACUCGAACACUUCCCUAACCUCUACAUCGGAUUCACCGGGUGCAUCACAUUCAACAACUCUGAAUCAAUAAGAGACUCUGUCUCUGUCGUUCCCAUCGACAGAAUCCUCUUGGAAACCGAUGGACCCUACAUGACACCAAUGCCAUUCCGUGGUCAAAUAGCAAACUCUGGUCAUAUACCUCAAAUCGCCAAUGUAAUCGCCGGCAUAAAAGAACUUUCAUUAGAAGAAGUUUUAACUCAAUGUCAUUAUAAGAUGUUGGAUGUACCUGAAGAAGUUAUUUGGGGAUUGUUGGUUUGUGUCAUUAUUUAUUUGAUAAAGACAAUUUGGUUCCCUCCAGCACCACCACCUGUUGUUCGUCGUGCCAAGCCAGUCUAUGAGAAGCGUGACUACACAUUGGAGGAGUUGAAGCAGUUUGUCGGUGUCGAUGAGACCAACGCUGUGUUUGUUGCUAUCAAAGGAAAGAUCUACGAUGUUUCGAUGAAGCGUUCUGUCUAUGGUCCAGGUGGAUCGUACGAAUUGUUUGCUGGUCACGACGCUACCACCUGUCUGGCAAAGAGCAGUUUCGACAAAGUGAAUCUCAAUAAAAUGGAUACCUCAUCUCUCAACCAAGACGAAAUGGAUUCACUCAAUCACUGGGUUUCAUUCUUUGACGAACGUUAUGAAGUAGUUGGUAACGUCAAACCAGAACAAACAAAACAAGAUUAA